GAGUAGGUACUGCACGCACGCACUGUAAAGACGAAUAUAACAUUUAUAUUUUAAUUCUACAAUCUAUAAUCUUUAAAUCUAUUUAAUUUCUGGCAAAGACCUGGAUAGAUUCAGUGGAUAUUUCGGAUUGACUUUAAUGAUAGACUGAAGUUGGGUACUCGUUCCAAAUCGGAGUCGUGUGCAGCAUGAGGCCUGUGUUUGUGCUGUGCAUGCUGCCUGUGCUGGCUGCACAGCACGCAUUGCACAAGGAGCAACUUCCCCCAACACUUCAACAAGUUCCUGAAAAAAGUCCAUACAAUAAUUCGUACAAAGAUGAUAUACUCAUAUCGGUUUCUAUGCCAAUAAGUAAAGUGAUAGAUUUAUACGGACCGGGAAUUCGAGGAACACAAUAUCAAAUCGUGAAUGGUGAGGAUGCUAAGAUAAUGAAAAUUACGCCCAAUAAGAUCCAACGAGGUAAAUUAUAGCUUAGGUACUUCAUAUCUUAGAUAGGUACUAAAAUAGGGUAGAUGACUCAUUUUUAUUCCAAUGUCCGUCUGGUAGAUUAUUUUAAAACAUUAGACACGUAUUUUU